AUGAACAUCCUAAUCAUCUUGUGUUUGUGUGUUGCCACGGUUACCUGCGAUUUCCUGGCACCGUUGUAUAAAAGUCGGGACCCAGUCCCUAACAAGUACAUCUUGAAGAUUAAGGACAGUGUUCGACGUUCCUCUUUUCAACGGCAAUUUGAAAACAGAAUCAGCACGCAGGGACUUAAAAUUUCAGGCUUGAAGAGUUUGAACUUCUUGAACGCAAUGGUGGUAAACAUCAAAGCUGAUCAAAUUGAUUUGAUUCGAUCUAUGGAUGAUGUGGAGUUUGUUGAGGAGGAUUCCUACGUGUAUGAGGACUCUGUUAGCUCCUGGGGCCUUGACCGAAUUGAUCAAGAUGAUCUUCCACUGGACGAUUCAUUCAGCCCUCCAGGCGAUGGUGCUGGCGUGAACGUUUACGUACUGGAUACAGGAAUCCACUAUACCCAUGAAGAAUUUGAGGGGCGUGCACAUUACGGGUAUGACGUGAUUGGUGACGGCUUGGAAGGGCGUGACUGCAGGGGUCACGGGACCCAUUGCGCGGGCACCAUUGGCGGAAAAACGUACGGCGUGGCCAAAAAAGUAACACUCUGGAGUGUUCGAGUUCUCAACUGUAGAGGAAGUGGAGUCAGGUCUGGAACAAUUGAAGGUAUGAACUGGGUGAUCGGAAACGCAACAGGCCCGUCUGUUGUAUCCAUGUCACUCGGAGGCAGCGCUUCGAUGUUAUCAAAUAAUGCCGUAUCCAAGCUCUACAAUGCCGGUAUUACCGUAAUUGUGUCAGCUGGCAACGACAACUAUCCGUCGUGCUGGAAAUCACCCGCAUCUGCACCUAAGGCCAUCACAGUAGGUUCCACAACGGACACCGAUGCCAGAUCUUAUUUCUCCAACUAUGGUUCCUGCGUGGACAUCUUCGCCCCAGGGAGCUCCAUUAAAAGCGCUAGUAUAGAAUCCAACACUGCCACAAGCACAAAGAGUGGUACAUCCAUGGCGUGCCCACAUGUCUCUGGUGCUGUAGCAAUAGAACUUGGAAGGAAUCCCAGUCUAUCUCCAUCUGAGGUUGCCGAUACCCUCACAAAGAAGGCACUGGUGAAUAAAGUCGUCAACGGUGGGCCAGGAUCUGUGAACAAGCUCCUUAGGUUGUGAUUAUAUGGGAAUGAAGUGUUUUAG